CAACUAGAAAUACACCAAACCACCAACUACCUCCCAAGCUGCUCUCUAGUUUGGACAACCAUCCGCUUCGCUUGUUAUUCAACGAGAAAAAACGCGAAAUGGCACGCAAGAAGAUCAGAGAGUUCGAUUCCAAGAGAUUGUUGAAAGAACAUUUCAAGAGGCUUUCCGGGAAAGAUUUGCCAAUCAAAUUCGCUCAAAUUACGGAAUCAACCGAUUUCAACCAGCUAAUAGAGAAGGAGCCAUGGCUUUCGUCGCAGAAACUGGUUGUUAAACCUGAUAUGCUGUUUGGAAAGCGUGGGAAGAGUGGUUUGGUUGGCUUAAAUCUGGAUUUUACUCAAGUUAUUGCUUUUGUGAAAGAGCGCCUCGGAAAAGAGGUAGAAAUGGGUGGAUGCAAGGGGCCUGUUACAACAUUCAUUGUUGAACCUUUCAUCCCUCACAAUGAAGAGUUCUACCUUAACAUUGUCUCUGAGCGACUUGGUUGCAGCGUUAGCUUUUCAGAGUGUGGAGGGAUUGAAAUUGAAGAGAAUUGGGAUAAGGUUAAGACCAUCUUUGUCCCAACUGGGUCACCUUUCACAUCAGAAGCUUGUGCUCCACUUGUUGCAACCCUUCCCUUGGAGAUCAAAGGAGAAAUUGAAGAGUUCAUCAAAGUGAUUUUUACUCUGUUUCAAGAUCUGGACUUCACUUUCCUUGAGAUGAAUCCUUUCACGCUGGUUGUUGGAAAGCCUUAUCCUUUGGACAUGAGAGGCGAACUGGAUGACACUGCUGCUUUCAAGAACUUCAAGAAGUGGGGUAAUAUUGAAUUUCCACUGCCUUUUGGAAGAGUUAUGAGUGCAACUGAAAGCUAUAUUCAUGGGCUAGAUGAGAAGACAAGUGCGUCUUUAAAAUUUACGGUGUUGAACCCUAAGGGACGCAUUUGGACAAUGGUAGCUGGAGGAGGUGCAAGUGUCAUCUACGCCGAUACAGUCGGAGAUCUUGGUUUUGCUUCUGAGCUCGGAAACUAUGCAGAAUACGGUGGAGCACCAAACGAAGAGGAAGUAUUGCAAUAUGCCAGAGUAGUAAUUGAUUGUGCAACCGCAGACCCUGAUGGUCGAAAAAGAGCCCUUGUAAUUGGUGGAGGAAUAGCUAACUUCACUGACGUGGGUGCUACAUUUAACGGCAUAAUCCGAGCCUUGAAGGAGAAGGAAUCAAAGCUCAAAGCCGCGCGGAUGCAGAUAUAUGUGAGGAGAGGAGGUCCCAAUUACCAGAGGGGCCUUGCGAAAAUGCGGGAACUCGGAGUGGAAAUCGGAAUCCCUAUUGAGGUUUACGGUCCGGAAGCGAUGAUGACCGGUAUUUGCCAGCAGGCAAUCGAAUACAUCACUGCAGCUGCCUAAGUUGUUGGUUGGUGUGCUGUCUCGGUUUUUUCGUUUUCAGUAGAUUUCCUUUGCCAUCGAACUAGAAAUCUCACGAAGUGAUGUUUAGUCCAUAUUUACUGAAACAUUUGGAAUUGUUUGUUGAGAAUGAACACGAAUGGCAUUUGUCAGCAAUAAAAGAUCUUUGAAAUUUUCUACUACUUUGUCUCCCAUCAUUAUUUUCUUAAUGCCACU